AUGGGAAAAUCUUUGUUAUUUUUGGUUCUUGUACUCAUUUCUUUUGAUUCUAUAAAUUCUGUAACGAGGUCUAUUCUUUUCAGAAAGUAUCACAUCGAAAUUGUAAAUCAGCUUAAGUUUCACAAGAAAUUGAAAGUUCAUUGCAAGAGUAAAAGUCAUGAUUUUCCAAUUACCUAUCUUAACAUAGGCGAAAAUUUUCAAUUUAAAUUUAUAAUUUAUCCAACAACUCAGUAUUGGUGUAAUUUGUGGCAGGGACCAAACUAUGAACAUCAUGUAGUUGUUAAUGUAUUCCAUUCAGACGUAUAUUUCAUAGAUCAUACAUGUAAUGGAAUGCAUCCCAAUGUGUGUAAGUGGACUGCAAAAGAACAAGGAGUGUAUGUCCAUCACACCCAAGAAGAACAUUUCAUGUAUGGAUGGAGUACUCCAACAAAUCAAAGAGAAAUUACUCCAGUCUGUGCACCUACACCAGAAUUUGAUUCAUACAUCUAGUACAAAAAUUAAAACUAACUAUAUAAUUAUGUGCAAUCUUGGGAUCAUUGUAUCAUAUUGCAUCAUGUUGAAGAGAAUAAUAAUAAAGAUUUAAGAGCU